AUGGCGAAACUCGUGGACGAUCCCCAGAUCAAAUAUGCGUCGCUUCACAACCCGCUCCCUAUCCAGCUCCAUACCUACGUGUGGCCGUUCCUCAUAAUUUGGCCCGCGUUCUUCGCGUUCUACCUCUCUCCUGAGCGCUACGAUAAGUACAUCCAGGGUCAGGAAUGGACCUUCGUGUGGUCCGGGACGAUCAUUACGCUCCAGUCGCUUCUUUGGUUAAUGACGAAAUGGAAUAUCAACAUCGAGACGUUGUUCACGGCCACCCGCGCCAACUCUCUGGAUACCGCGCAGCUUAUCAAGGUCAUCCCGGACGCCAACGCUGGUUCUGCUGAGAUCUGCCCUUUGGUUCACGAAGUUAAGGAUGGAAAGAAGACGUUCUCGUUCUUGUUCCAGAAGCGCCGCUUCCUUUACUACGCGGAGCGUCGGUGUUUCGCCCCGUUGACCUACGUUCUCGACGACGAACCGAAGCCUGCGAUCAAGUACUUCCAGCAAAACCGGGGCUUUGAUACUGAGGCCGAGAUCAACCGCAUCCAGGAACACUAUGGCGACAACAAGUUUGACAUUCCGGUUCCGGGCUUUGUCGAACUUUGGAAGGAACAUGCGGUGGCGCCAUUUUUCGUAUUCCAGAUCUUUUGCGUCGGGUUGUGGAUGUUGGAUGAAUACUGGUACUACUCGCUGUUUACCCUCUUCAUGCUGGUCGCGUUCGAGAGCACCGUGGUUUGGCAGCGUCAGAGGACUCUCACUGAGUUCCGGGGCAUGAACAUCAAGCCUUAUGACGUGUGGGUGUACCGUAACAAGAAAUGGCAGGAAACCACCAGCGACAAGCUCCUCCCCGGUGAUCUGAUGUCCGUCAACCGAACCAAGGAAGACAGCGGUGUUGCCUGUGACAUUCUCUUGAUUGAGGGCAGUGCCAUCGUCAACGAAGCUAUGCUUUCUGGUGAAAGUACCCCUCUUCUGAAGGAUUCAAUCCAGCUCAGACCCGCUGAUGACCUGAUCGAACCGGAAGGGCUGGACAAGAAUGCCUUCGUUCACGGAGGAACCAAGGUUUUGCAAAUCACUCACCCCAACACCAGUGCUGAGGGUACAGAGCAGCAGAAGCCUAGUAUUCCCGCUCCGCCGGACAAUGGUGCCCUUGGUGUUGUGGUGAAGACCGGAUUCGAGACGAGCCAGGGUAAUUUGGUUCGCACCAUGAUCUAUUCCACGGAACGUGUCUCCGCGAACAAUGCCGAGGCCCUGCUUUUCAUUCUGUUCCUGCUAUUCUUCGCGCUUGCCGCUUCGUGGUAUGUGUGGCAAGAGGGUGUGGCCAAAGACCGCAAGAGGUCCAAGCUGCUCCUUGACUGUGUCCUGAUUAUCACCAGCGUAGUCCCUCCUGAGCUUCCCAUGGAGCUCAGUCUUGCUGUUAACACCAGCCUUGCUGCCCUGAGCAAGUUCGCAAUCUUCUGCACUGAGCCUUUCCGCAUUCCCUUCGCGGGUCGUGUCGACGUUGCUUGCUUUGACAAGACCGGUACUUUGACUGGUGAGGACCUCGUUGUCGACGGUAUUGCUGGUCUCAAAUUGGGUCAACAGGGUGCAAAGGUCGAGGCGGAUGGAGCGCACACGGAACUGGCUAAGGCCGACAGCAUUGACAUCAACACGACUCUCGUUCUUGCUAGCGCGCAUGCCCUGGUCAAAUUGGACGAGGGCGAGGUUGUUGGCGAUCCCAUGGAAAAGGCUACCCUGGAAUGGCUCGGUUGGACUCUUGGUAGAAACGACACUCUUACUCGCAAGGCUGGCCCGGCUAGCGGUUCUCCUACCAGCUUCGUUGAAUCUGUCCAAGUCAAGAGACGCUUCCAGUUCUCUUCGGCCUUAAAGCGCCAGAGCACGAUUGCGUCCAUUACUAGUGGCGACCGGAAGACGUCCAAGCGAAGCAAAUCUACCUUCGUGAGUGUCAAGGGUGCGCCUGAGACUAUCCGGACUAUGCUUGUUGAGACGCCCCCGCACUACGAAGAGACCUUCAAGUACUUCACGCGCAACGGGGCCCGUGUGCUUGCUCUCGCCUGCAAGACUCUUUCGCCCGAGGCUGAGCUUUCCCAAGGACGUAUCAACGACUACGCCAGAGAUGAAAUUGAGUCCAACUUGACUUUCGCUGGUUUCCUUGUUUUGCAGUGCCCCCUGAAGGAAGACGCCAUCAAGGCCGUGCGCAUGUUGAAUGAGAGUAGCCAUCGUGUCGUUAUGAUUACUGGUGACAACCCUCUUACUGCCUGUCACGUUGCGCGUCAAGUCGAAAUUGUUGACCGUGAUGUUCUAAUUCUUGAUGCGCCUGAAAACGACUUCUCGGGAACCCGCCUUGUCUGGCGAAGCAUUGAUGACAAGUUCAACAAGGACGUUGACCCUACUCAAGAUCUGGACCCAAAGAUUCUCGACACCAAGGACAUUUGUAUUACCGGUUACGCUCUGGCCAAGUUCAAAGGCCAAAAGGCCUUUGUCAACCUUCUUCGCCACACAUGGGUCUACGCUCGUGUCUCCCCGAAGCAAAAGGAAGACAUUCUUCUGGGUCUCAAGGAUGGCGGCUACACUACUCUGAUGUGCGGUGACGGCACCAACGAUGUCGGAGCCUUGAAGCAGGCCCAUGUCGGUGUUGCGCUUCUAAACGGUUCUCCUGAAGACCUCGCCAAGAUCGCUGAGCACUAUCGGACGACGAAGAUGAAGGAGAUCUAUGAGAAGCAGGUUGGCAUGAUGCAACGAUUCAACCAGCCCUCGCCUCCGGUUCCCGUGCAGAUCGCUCACCUCUACCCUCCUGGUCCCAGCAACCCACACUACCAGAAGGCCAUGGAACGCGAAACCCAGCGCCGUGGUGCUGCCGCUCUCGCUGCAGUCAACAACGCGCAGUCCGAUGUCGUUGAGACGGUCACUUCUCCGCAAGCACAGGCUCUGCAACAGUCCAUGACUCCCCAGCAGCAGCGCCAGCAGCAGGCCUCCGUGGCCGCCGCUGGCUUUGCCGACAAGCUUACCUCGUCCAUGAUGGAACAGGAGAUGGAUGAGAACGAACCUCCGACUAUCAAGCUGGGUGAUGCCUCUGUGGCGGCGCCCUUCACUAGCAAGCUGGCCAACGUUAUUGCCAUUCCCAACAUUCUCCGUCAGGGCCGAUGUACCCUCGUUGCGACUAUUCAGAUGUACAAGAUUCUCGCCCUGAACUGUUUGAUUAGUGCAUACAGUUUGAGUGUUAUCUAUCUCGACGGUAUCAAGUUUGGUGAUGGUCAGGUCACUAUUAGCGGUAUGCUGAUGAGUGUCUGCUUCCUUUCAAUUUCGCGUGCCAAGUCUGUGGAAGGUCUGUCCAAAGAACGACCGCAACCGAACAUCUUCAACAUCUACAUCAUUGGUUCCAUUCUUGGGCAGUUCGCCAUUCACAUUGCUACUUUGAUUUACCUGUCGAACUAUGUCUACUCCAUUGAGCCGAGAUCAAACGACAUCGACCUCGAAGGCGAAUUCGAGCCCUCCCUCCUCAACAGCGCCAUCUACCUCCUGCAGCUCAUCCAGCAAAUCUCGACCUUCUCCAUCAACUACCAAGGCCGGCCCUUCCGCGAGUCCAUCCGCGAGAACAAAGCCAUGUACUGGGGUCUUGUCGCCGCCUCCGGUGUCGCCUUCUCCUGCGCCACGGAGUUUAUCCCCGAAGUCAACGAGAAACUGCGUCUGGUUCCCUUCAGCACGGAAUUUAAGCUUACCCUGACCAUCCUCAUGAUCCUGGACUACGCAGGCUGCUGGGUUAUCGAGAAGGUGCUGAAGCAUUUCUUCAGUGACUUCCGGCCAAAGGACAUUGCUUCGCGGAGACCGGAGCAGUUACAGAGGGAGAGGACUAGGAAGGCGAUGGAGGAGUUGCAGGCUUUGGCGGAGAAGGAGAGACAGAGGAAGGUUUAG